AUGACAGUAUCAAAUAGCCAGACGGUGAAUUACAUCAAUCCUGAAUUGACGGAGGCAGAGAAUGCCAAACCUGGUAGACAUGUCAGUUUACCUUUUGGAUACGGUCCUAUUCCAAAGCAAUUUCAAAACAAAAGGAUCUUUUUCUUUGAUAUAGACAACUGCUUGUAUCCACGAUCUACCAGAAUAUUCGAAAUGAUGCAAGUUAAGAUCCAUGAUUACUUUAAGAAAAGCUUGAGUUUGAACGAUGAAGAUGCCAGGAAUCUUCACAUGAACUACUACAAAACAUAUGGGUUAGCGAUUGAGGGGUUAGUGAGAAACCAUCAGGUGGAUGCAUUGGAAUAUAACUCAAAGGUCGACGAUGCAUUGGAUCUACACUCUGUCUUGCGUUAUGACUCUGACUUGAGAAACACGUUGAUGGCAAUCAAAGAAUCGCGUAAGUUUGAUUAUUUCUGGCUUGUCACGAAUGCCUACAAGAACCAUGCAUUGAGAGUAAUUUCGUUUUUGGGUAUUGGUGAUUUGUUUGAUGGAUUAACUUACUGUGAUUAUUCAAAAGAUCCAAUUAUAUGUAAGCCAAUGCCAGAAUAUUUCUACAACUGCUUUCAAAUUACUCAACUUGAUUACCAGAAUGCAGAAGUGUUAUCUGAACAAUAUUUCAUUGAUGAUAGCGAACUCAAUGUUAAGGAAGCCAAAAGAUUGGGAGUUGGUCAUGUCAUCCAUUAUGUGGAGUUGCCAAGUGAUAUUGAAAAACUCAAAGCCAAACCAGAUUUCGAAGAGUUUUAUGGCACAGGAGACAACCUGGAUCCAAGCAAAAUUUGGAUUCUAGACAAAAUCCAAAACUUGCCGACUUUAAUUGGUUGCACGUAG